AUGGCUUCUAUUGUUACUCCAGGACUGAAAGACGGUAGCAAACCAGAUUUAAUUUCUAUCAUCAGCGGGUUCGAGGGUGACGUACAUGAUGCUAUUUUUAUUGCGAAGGAGAUUUACAUUUUGACCAGUUCCGAGGACAGGGCCUUGCGAUUAUGGGUGAUGCGUGACAGUGGAAGGUACUGGCCUUCUGUUGAGAAAGCUCUUCCAAGUCCCGCCGUCAUAAUAUUAUUUGACAAGCAAACAAGUCGAAUUUGCACGGGAUUGGCAAAUGGGACGAUAUCUGACUUUACAUUGAGUGCAGAUUACAAUGGCAUUAAUCACAAUCGGGAUAUCUUAGCCCAUGUUGAUCGGAUUACCGGACUUUUAUGGAUUAGAAAGCUGAAGCUUAUCAUCUCAACCUCAAAAGACCAAACCGCUAGUUGGUUUAAUGAUGAAAAUGGCCAACAAUUAGGGUCGUUUAAUAUUGAAGCCGCCGGAACCUGUCUUCAAUUUGAUGUGGCCACAAACUGUCUGUUCGUAGGAGAUGCCAAUGGGCGAAUCACGCUCCUCAGUUUCGCCAAGUCGCGUGACCUCUCCUCCUACGAGUUGAUCCGUCAGCUCCACGGUCACACCAAAUGCGUGACUUCUAUGUGCUGGGAUGGUGUGACUUCUCGUCUCAUUUCAUCAUCUGCUGACAACUCUGUUAUUCUCUGGGACAUUGGAGGUGGCAAAGGAACAGCUUUUGAGCUCCAAGGUCACAGGAGCACCGUCACCUCAGCUAAGUGGUGGCACAAACCAGUCCCCUCCACUGCUACUGCUGGCAAUGGUGAAGAUACAAAGAGUUUCCGGCCUGCAGCCGCCAGCGUCGCCACCUACGUCAUCUCUACAGGUCUGGAUGGUCUUGUCUUCUUCUGGCUUAUUGACGGUGAAAGCGCCCAUGGCCGCCGUGUUAGACGUCAGGAGACGCCCAACUGGGCCGAGUCUGACAUCUGCCAGCUCUGCUCUGCACCCUUCUUCUGGAAUAUUAAGAAAAUGUGGACUGACAUGUCAGUUGGUGUUCGGCAGCACCAUUGUCGCCGAUGUGGAAAAGCCGUGUGUGAAAAAUGCUCGUUGAACCGCUCCGUCUACCCGGUGAUGGGCUUUGAACGUGAGGUCCGCAUGUGCAAUGAGUGCUUCAAGGCCAUUUCUGGAGAGGAUCUCAACAGUCUGGCGCAUUACUUUGAUGCCCGCCACCCCAUUGUGCGCCAACACCUUCUGGGUGAUUUGAACUUCAUGCUCACCAUCGGAAAGAAUAAGGAAGUUAAGGUGGGUGUGGGAUCUGAAAUCAUUCCUAUGAUUUUACACUGUUCAGCGACUCCAUCAUCACCUUUCGUCCCCUACCGUAAAAGGAUAAAAAAGACAUCCUCGCGAGACUAA